GGGGCAUAGCGUGUUCCAUUCUUUGUGCUCGGGUGAGGAGGAUCCAGGCUGAGAACGCAGCAGGCAACGCAGUGAAAAUAUUGCUUCGGUGGACAGCGUGGUACAGGGGCCGAAGGACCGUAGUUACAGGGAUGCCGAAGCGUGGAAAAAAGGGAGCGGUGGCAGAAGACGGGGACGAGCUUAAGACGGAGCCAGAGGCCAAGAAGAGUAAGACGGGAGCAAAGAAAAACGCUAAAGAGGCAGCAGGAGAGGGCCCAGUUCUGUAUGAGGAUCCCCCAGAUCAGAAAACUUCACCCAGCGGCAAAUCUGCCACACUCAAGAUCUGCUCUUGGAAUGUGGAUGGGCUUCGAGCCUGGAUUAAGAAAAAAGGUUUAGAUUGGAUAAAGGAGGAAGACCCAGAUAUCCUGUGCCUUCAAGAGACGAAAUGUUCAGAGAACAAACUACCAGCUGAACUUCAAGAGCUGACUGAACUACCCCAUCAGUACUGGUCAGCUCCUUCGGACAAGGAAGGGUACAGUGGUGUGGGCCUACUUUGCCGCCGGUGCCCACUUAAAGUCUCUUAUGGCAUUGGUGAGGAUGAACAUGAUCAGGAAGGCCGAGUGAUUGUGGCUGAAUUUGACACAUUUGUACUGGUAACAGCCUAUGUACCUAACGCAGGCCGGGGUCUGGUACGACUGGAGUACCGGCAGCGCUGGGAUGAGGCUUUUCGCAAGUUCCUGAAGGGUUUGGCUUCCCGCAAGCCCCUUGUGCUAUGUGGGGACCUCAAUGUGGCUCAUGAAGAAAUUGAUCUUCGGAACCCCAAGGGAAACAAAAAGAAUGCUGGUUUCACUCCGCAAGAGCGCCAGGGCUUUGGGGAAUUGCUGCAGGAUGUGCCGCUGGCUGACAGCUUUCGGCACCUCUACCCCAACACGGCCUAUGCCUACACCUUUUGGACAUACAUGAUGAAUGCUCGAUCCAAAAAUGUUGGUUGGCGCCUUGAUUAUUUCUUGUUGUCCCACUCUCUGUUAACAGCAUUGUGUGACAGCAAGAUCCGUUCCAAGGCCCUUGGCAGUGAUCACUGUCCCAUCACCCUAUACCUAGCGCUGUGACAUCUCCCCCAAAUCACUCUGAGCCUGGAAAACAAGCCCCACCCCACCCAAACUAGCAUUCCUUCCUUAAAAAUUAGAGUAUUUCUGCACUGUAUUUCUCUUUUAUAAAAAUAUGAAUCCUCCAGGUUCCUGUGACAAACAGGUUUCUUUUAAGCCCAAGUUUUCUGUUUCUUGGGUCCCCACCCCUUUUAAAAAAAUUAAAAGCUACUGAUGACUUCCUUUUAACUAGCCAUGUGAAAAUAAAAAGCCAUAGUUUCAGCCUUG